AUGAGUCCUCGACCCCCCAUUCACUGUCUUGCCCUUCCAAAGGGAUGGACGUUUACCGUCCCACAUAUCACCAAGUACCCAAAAUACAGCGCGAUGGGCGCGUACGAGAAGUUCUCGCAUAACCUGUGCGGUCUCUUUGCCGUCGGCGCCGAGCUCCUCGGGUCGCGAGUCGAGUGGACGAUUCCCGAGAACAUGAUGCUGCCGGGGGAGGACUGGGAGGUGGAGAGCCUGUGGAUGCUGGCGCAUGCGGGGUUCCCGAUGGUGCGGGAGGUGUUUGCGGGCGUGAAGGACCUGGAUGGCUGCAUCAGCGCGGGCGAUCGCGUGCAGCUGUUUCGGGAGCAUGUGUUCCUCGAGGGGGAAUGGAAGGGGGCGCCAUUUCCCGUGAGACUGAUUCUGCGGUAUGAGUUCGAGGGCCGCAAGACCUUCAGCGUUGACAAGGACAGCCUGCUCCUCCAUCAGUGGCUUCGCGCGGUGACGCCGGAGUCGCCCGUUUGGUCGGCGGGCUCGCUUGAGGGCGUCAAUAUCAGGUUUUUGCUCGAGUGGAUGCCGGGUUAUGCAGGGUCUGCCGCCAUCUGCAGCAGGAAUGGUGGUCGUAGACUGGGUGAUGAUGGUGCUAGUGAUCCCGACAGUGAGGAUGGUGUUGAGUCAAUGGUCGUCAACCACAACAGCGUCACCAAUCCUCAUGGAGUCUGUCAUGAGUUUCAUUACUCCUUUGUGGAAAUAACCGCCAAACACUUAGCCAGAAUGCUGAACGCCGCACGGCGAAGCGGGAAUCCCAUGCUAGAUGAGUUUGCAUAG